AUUUUAUUACCCCCUUUUUGAGGCCUCCCUCUCAUUUUCUCUCUCCUCUUUCCCCCUCUUAACAUUUCUUCGAGGGUCUUCUUCUCUCCGAAGUCGAAACCCCCUCGAACCCUAAAACACUCGGUAAAACCCCAAUUUAAUCAAAUCUUCUUCUAUUAAAUUUCCCCCCAAAUUGAUUUCAAUUUCUAGGGUUUAUAAGUAUGCAGAACCAAAGAAUGAAGCAACAACAGCAAGUUUUGAUGCAGCAAGCUCUUCUUCAGCAGCAGCAGCAAUCUCUCUACCAUCCUGGUCUUCUUGCUGCUCCUCAGAUAGAGCCAUAUCCCAGUGGGAACCUUCCUCCUGGCUUCGAUCCUUCUACAUGCCGCAGUGUGUAUGUGGGUAAUAUUCAUCCUCAGGUUACAGAACCAUUAAUUCAGGAGGUUUUUGCUAGUGCUGGCCAUGUUGAAGGUUGUAAGCUUAUUAGGAAGGAAAAGUCGUCCUAUGGUUUCAUUCACUACUAUGACCGCAGAUUUGCUAGCAUGGCUAUAUUAACGCUUAAUGGAAGGCAUUUGUUUGGGCAGCCGAUAAAGGUUAAUUGGGCAUAUACAAGUGGUCAGCGAGAAGAUACUUCAAAUCACUUCAAUGUGUUCGUUGGCGACCUGAGCCCCGAGGUUACCGAUGCUAUGCUGUUUGCUUGUUUUUCCGUUUUUCCUAGUUGUUCAGAUGCAAGAGUUAUGUGGGACCAGAAAACUGGGCGUUCCAGGGGGUUUGGGUUUGUGUCUUUCCGCAGCCAGCAGGAUGCUCAAAGUGCUAUAAAUGACGUUACUGGAAAAUGGCUUGGUAGUAGGCAGAUACGCUGCAAUUGGGCAACUAAAGGUGCUGCUUCCAAUGAUGAUAAGCAGAGUUCUGAUGCGAAAAGUGUGGUUGAAUUGACCAACGGCUCAUCAGAAGAUGGAAAGGAGGCCACAAACAGCGAAGCCCCUGAAAACAAUCCACAAUUCACAACUGUUUAUGUCGGGAAUCUUGCUCCUGAGACUACCCAGCUUGACCUCCAUCGGCACUUCCACAACUUAGGUGCUGGAGCUAUUGAAGAAGUAAGGGUGCAGCGUGACAAAGGCUUUGGCUUUGUCAGAUACAGUACUCAUGCUGAAGCUGCUUUGGCAAUUCAGGUGGGAAAUACACAGAACAUGCUUUUGGGCAAACAAAUUAAGUGCUCCUGGGGAAGCAAGCCAACACCUGCGGGGACAGCUUCAAAUCCACUUCCUCCACCUGCUCCUGCUCCUCUGGGGCUUUCUGCUACAGAUCUUCUUUCCUAUGAGAGGCAACUAGCAAUGAGUAAGAUGGGUGGAAUGCAUGCUCUCAUGCAUGCUCAGGGUCCACAUCCGCUUAACAAGGCAAGUAUGGGGGGGAUGACGGCUGCUGGAGCUAGCCAAGCUAUUUAUGACGGCGGGUUUCAGAACGUUGCAGCUGCCCAGCAAAUGAUGUACUACCAUUAAGCUCUCUUGAUGCACAGCCUUUUGAAUUUCUUCUGCACCUGCAGAUUUGCAUUCGUGUGUCUAAAAUCGUUUAUUAGCGACAUUUAUGUUUUCAAAACGGCGAGGAUUAGAGGCUUAUUUCCCUCCCUCCCUGCACUUGAUUGUCCUGUGUGUGGACUGUGGAUGCAUGAUGUAACCCUUCUUGUUUCUUUUUUCUUUUCUUUUUUUCCUUUUUCUUCUUUUAAUCUUUUGUUUUAUCCCCUCGGCUUUUCAUGUUUCAGUUUCUUUUAUUUUCUUCCUAUCUUGUAGGAACUUAUUAUGGUUGAUUUAGAGGAAGUCUGUCCAUUAUGGUCCUUAGUUUAUUUACAUUUCUCUUAUUUUUCCUUUCUUGGGAUUUGGUUUUCCAUGCUAUCCUUGCGAAGCGUUGUGACAGAUCCCAGAAGUUGAUAUGAGGAAGUUUUAUGUGUAUACAAAAAUGUCGGAAUAUAUUUCUGCUUGAAGUAAAUUCAGUAUCUAGGUGUUCCUUCUCACUCA